AUGGAUCAUGAUGAGAAAAAACGCCGUCAAGAAAGACUUAUAUCAGUAAGCGAAAGUUCUGAAGCAUGGAAAUCAUCAACCAAAAUGGAGACAUAUGGAGCACUUCAACAAGAAUUAGAAAAACUUUUAGAAACAGCUCCAUCAAAAGAUAUGGGAAAAUGGAAAAAAGAGUUGGAUGCAUUUCAAAGAUUGUUUGGAAGAUUUCUUAAGGCUAAAGCAACAAUUAAUUGGAACAAAAUUCAACCAUUACCGGAAAAUUCAAUUAUCAAAUACAAGACAUUGGAACAAUCUUGUAAAGAAGAAAUUUCUUCAAUGUUAAAUAAACUUGUUGUAGUCAAGUUAAAUGGUGGACUUGGAACUUCUAUGGGAUGUAAAGGUCCAAAAUCAGUAAUUUCAGUAAGACAUGACUUAACAUUCCUUGAUCUUUUGAUGCAACAAAUUCAACAUCUUAACAAAACUUUUGAUGUUAAUGUUCCACUUGUAUUAAUGAAUUCAUUUAAUACCGAUGAUGAUACAAAAAAGCUUCUAAAAAAAUAUGCCACUGUACGCUGUGAAGUUCAUUCUUUUUGUCAAUCAAAAUAUCCAAGAAUUGACAAAGAAACUUUAAUGCCUAUAGGAAAAAAUUUAUCAGAAAAUGAUAAUGAAGUUUAUUACCCACCAGGCCAUGGAAAUUUCUAUGAAUCUUUUUACAACUCAGGGCUUCUUGAAAAGUUUAUUGCAGAAAAGAAGGAGUAUGUCUUUUUAUCAAAUAUUGAUAAUCUUGGAGCAACAGUUGAUUUAAAUAUUUUGAAUUUUCUUACAAAACAACCAGAAAGAGAUUUUGUAAUGGAGGUAACUGAUAAGACACGUGCUGAUGUUAAGGGAGGUACUCUUAUUCAAUAUGACAAUAGAUUGAUGCUCUUAGAAAUAGCUCAGGUACCAAAAGAUUAUGUUGAUGAAUUCAAAUCUGUUAGUAAAUUUAGAAUCUUCAACACAAAUAAUCUUUGGGUUAAAUUAAGUGCCAUUAAAAACUUAAUUGACAAAAAUUCAUUAGAGAUGGAAGUUAUUGUUAAUCCAAAACAUUUGGAUAGAGGAAUUGAUGUUAUUCAAUUGGAGACAGCUGCUGGAGCAGCUAUUAAAAACUUCCAUGGUGCUUGUGGAAUUAAUGUUCCACGAUCACGUUUCCUUCCAGUUAAGAAGACAUCUGAUCUUUUGCUUUUGAUGUCAAAUCUUUACGAAAUUGGUGAUGGAAACUUGACACUCAGUGAUUUAAGAUCAUUCAAAACUACACCAAUUGUAAAAUUAGGUUCAAGUUUUGAUAAAGUAAAUGACUUUAUGAAACGUUUUCAAGGUAUUCCUGAUCUUUUAGAAUUAGAUCACUUGACAGUUUCUGGUGAUGUAUGGUUUGGUAAAGAUGUCACUUUGAAAGGAACUGUCAUUAUUAUUGCUAAUCAUGGUGAUAGAAUUGAUAUUCCACCAGGCACUGUACUUGAAAACAAAAUUGUUUCAGAAAAAACAUUAGUAACUUUUUUUCAAGUAAAGUUAUUAAAAAGCGGUUUUAAACAGAAAAUAAAAGAAACUCUGGAGCAUAACAUAUUAGAAAUUCACAGACAAAUCACUUUUAUAAAUUAUUGUAUGAAAUUGCAAAGAAAUUUUUAUUAA